GGAUGCAAGUUCCCAGCCAUGUGGAGCAAUCUCAUCUACUUUAUGCUACUCUGGGGAUUUUUCUGCACAACCCCAGUGCAUGGACAGGGUAAAAUGCGAGACCUCGAUGUGCGACAUGUAACAAAGUUUGGCAGCUACAAGGUACGCCAAGAAAAAUGUCUGUUUAUACCCAGUUAUGGCGCAUGCAAACAACAUAUCAAGGUAUAUGGCUACAGCAUUAUAACCAACAGAUGCACAGAGUAUGAGUACAGCGGCUGCGGAGGAAAUCCCAAUCGUUUUGCCACCGAUAGCCAAUGUCGCAACACUUGCUAUGUGGUUCCGGCAAGGAAUACCGUCUCGGAACCGGACUAUUAUGCCGAUGACGACGAGGUCACGGAACCGAUGCCAGUGAGUUAUACGGAUGACUAUUAAUUGGAACAGAUGAACUAAUCUGGCAACAAAUAAAAUCAAGUUGAGCCAACAACACUGAGUAA